AUGCCUGCACCCACAGCCCUCCAGCGCCGCCCCGAGGAAUUUGCGGAAAAUGUCAGCGAGGACGUCUCCAUGGAGGCCAGCGCCGUCCCGCUGCCCGAAGACGACGCAGACCUGAUUGACAUGAGCAUCGAGCCCGGCACAGCCAUAGAAGCCGCGCCAGACGCGCUUGCCGACGACAUGCCCAUGACCGACGAGAGCGGCCGCCCCAAGUUCGCGCCCGCAAAGUCGAUACCGCUCGCCUUCCGCCACGAGCAGCGCAAAGUGCCCAUCCCCCCACACCGCAUGACGCCGCUGAAGACGGCAUGGCCUAAGAUAUACCCCCCGCUGGUCGAGCACCUCAAGCUGCAGGUGCGCAUGAACAUCAAGACCAAGUCCGUCGAGCUGCGCACAUCCAAGAGCACAACCGACACUGGCGCUCUGCAAAAGGGCGAGGACUUUGUCAAGGCUUUCACGCUCGGCUUUGACGUUGACGACGCCAUUGCCCUGCUCCGUCUCGACGACCUCUACAUCGAGACAUUCGAGAUCAAGGAUGUCAAGACCCUGCAGGGCGAGCACAUGGGCCGCGCUAUUGGACGUAUAGCAGGCAAGGACGGAAAGACCAAGUUCGCCAUUGAAAAUGCAAGCCGGACACGGGUGGUAUUGGCAGACUCGAAGAUCCACAUCCUGGGUGGGUUCAAGAACAUCCACGUCGCCCGGGAGGCUAUCGUCAGCUUGAUCUUGGGACAGAACCCCAGCAAGGUCUAUGGCAACCUGCGAACCGUUGCUGGACGCAUGAAGGAGAGGUUUUAGAUGACGGUCAAAAGCGAUUGUGUGCAUUUCAAUGGCGUUCAGGUUUGGGGAUACCAUCUAGCAUGACUGCAUGAUUAGAGGGCGAUGGACUGGAAAUCGCUUCAAGAAUAAACAAAUUCUGUUCUACG